AUGUCUAUCGAAUUAAACUGGCAAACGACAAGAUCCACUGUCAGAGAAAGAGCCAAGUUUAUGCUCAACAACAAUCGACUUAGCGACGUCAAGUUUGUUGCUGCAAAUAGCAAUGGCGAAAGCGAAAGGAAGCAAGUGAUUCCAGCUCACAAAUUCAUGCUGGCGAUUGGCAGUCCUGUGUUUGAAGCCAUGUUUUACGGUGAACUGGCGGAGACUAAAGAUACUGUUGAACUGCCUGACUGUGAUUAUGAGAGUCUGCUGGAGUUGUUUCGUUACAUCUACAGCGAUGAAGUGAAUUUGAGCGGAAGUAAUGUGAUGGGAGUGCUUUACUUAGCAAAGAAAUACAUUGUGCCUUCACUCACUGAUAAAUGCACGGAAUAUCUGAAAGAAAAGUUAGAUCCUUCCAAUGUUUUCAGCAUUCUGCCAUCUUCACUGAAAUAUGAAGAGAAAGCCCUGGAAGAUCGAUGCUGGAAAGUGAUCGACAAUCAGACAGAAGCGUCUGUGAAUUCGGAAGGAUUUGAGACAAUUGAGAGGUCUUUACUUGAAGCAAUAGUCGCAAGAGACACUCUGACGAUUAAGGAAGUAGGCUUGUUUAAAGCUGUAGAUAGAUGGGCAACAAAACAAUGCGAGAAGCAAAGCUUAGCAGCAGAAGGUAAAAUAAAAAGAUGACUACUGGGCGAAGAAGUAAUAAAAGCAAUACGCUUUCCACUGAUGACAAUAGUGGAGUUUGCCUCUUUUGUUCCUGAUACCAAUUUAUUAAAUCUUGAUGAAAUCACCGUCAUGUUCAAGUUCUUUGCAAUAAAGACUUCUCCAGUCGCGUUUUCUAAAGUCCCUAGAAGAAAACCUUUUUACCGGGUUGGUAGAUUUCAGUCGGUCAGAAUGAGUGGCUGUAGUUAUGACUCAGAUGGUAGUAGCCACAGCCUUAACUUUACCGUAGACGGAAACAUUACCCUAAAAGGAAUCUGUUUACUCGGCAGUGAAAAUAACACCUAUACAGUAACAUUGAACUUGAAUGAAAUAAGUACUGGCGAAACUGUUAUCUCUAAAACAGGAACGUACUCCUCCACACUUUUGCAAUGUAAAGACUUGAGCUAUUACGGCUUUGAAGUUUUGUUUGACUCUACGGGAGCUGAUUUAAAGAAGAGCAACAAGUACUGCAUUCAAGCAAAAAUAGCUGGCCCACCGUCUGGAAGUGGGGAAAAUUGUUUACUUAAAGGAGAGGAAUCAGGUGUUACUUUUACAUUUCCCGCAGGCAGUCGUGGGCAAUUUUCUGAAUUUCUGUUCUCCGUUUAA